AUUUUGUUUUAGUUUCUUUGGAAAUUCGAACGUUGUUUCUUUCUUUUGGCAUUUUUUGAGUUUUUUAAUCUUUUGCAUUCUUUUUUGUAUAUUUAUCUUGAGCAGUUUACUGAGGGCCUGUUUCUUACUUUCGCUUUUGAUGGAAUAUCUUGGACCAAACAGACGUGGUAGACCUGGCAAAUCUUAUGGAGUCAAAUCCCGUAGGAGCGCUUCUGUUUCGAACCGUCCUCCCAGAAAAGAGUCGUUUUUGUGGGACAACUCUAAGCGUUUUAUUGAGGACGAGUCUGGGAAGGACGCUGAAUUUUUUUCGCUGGACUUAGAAACGUCAUCCAGUCCUUUGUUGAAGCGCACAGUUUUGGAGGAUGAUAUUGUAGACGAUGAGAAUUUUUCUUUCAUAGAGAAGUUUGAAUUUUCGAUAAGAGACUUAUCUCCUGGGGAAAUCUCUCGCAAAGUCUUGUACUCGACGGCGUCAGACUCGCAGAGUUUCUCACAGAAGGUACAUUUCCUAGACGUAGAGUUCGAUUCGGCCAAAGAUUCAAACUCUGUAAAAAAAAUUGAAGUUGAAACAGCUGAUGAAAAAAAACAAAGUGAUAUUGAACUACUAUCGUCGGCGUCAAACGAGGCUUUUGAUGAUUGGUUUGACAAGUUGAAUUUAAAGUGAUUUUCACGACAAUACCACUAUAAGUGGUUUCCAGUUUUCU